CGAGCAGUCUGGAGGGGCUGCGCUGUGCAUGACGUCACCAGGCGGGCGGCCGCUGCAGUGUUAAUGGGUGUUGCUGAGUGUGAAUGCAGGCUUGCAAGGGGCCCCAUAUUCAGACAGAAUGGGUAGCAUUGUACCACCACGGAAACGCACAAGCAAGUUCAUCAGCUCCGCAUAGGUGGACUUGUUGGGAAAAAACGUUUUGCGGUUGUGAUUUUUUGGGUUUAUUUAUUUAUCUGUUUAUUUAUUUAUUUAUUUUAGAAACAUAAUUCUGCCUCACGGAAACCGGACCACAGAGAAGUCUGCUGAACUAUGGCAUAUCGUCUUUCUAAGCUUGUAUCCAACAGCCGUAUCGUGAUUGGGCUGUUGGCGAAUUUGCUGUCAUCCAUCUGCAUCGUGUUUAUUAACAAAUGGAUCUAUGUGCAGUACGGCUUCCCAAACAUGACCCUCACGUUGAUACAUUUCGUGGUGACCUGGCUGGGUCUCUACGUGUGCCAGAAGUUGGACGUAUUUGCCCCGAAAAGACUCCAGCCCACCAAAAUCAUCUUAUUGGCGUUGAGUUUUUGCGGGUUUGUCGUUUUUACUAACCUCUCCCUUCAGAACAACACGAUAGGCACUUACCAGCUUGCCAAAGCGAUGACAACCCCCGUGAUCAUUGUGAUCCAGACCGUCUACUACAAGAAGACGUUCUCGAGCAAGAUCAAGCUGACGCUGAUUCCUAUUACACUGGGUGUAUUGCUGAACUCGUACUACGACGUGAAGUUCAACUUCCUGGGAAUUCUGUUUGCUACCCUGGGGGUCUUUGUCACCUCCCUGUAUCAAGUGUGGGUGGGAGCCAAGCAACACGAGUUGCAGGUGAACUCCAUGCAGCUGCUGUAUUACCAGGCGCCCAUGUCCUCUGCCGUCCUGCUGACCUGCGUGCCGUUCUUUGAGCCCUUCACUGGGGAGGGGGGGGUAUUCGGGCCAUGGUCUGCCCCCGCCCUGGGCAUGGUGCUGCUGUCUGGACUGAUAGCGUUCCUAGUGAAUUUGUCCAUUUACUGGAUCAUUGGAAACACCUCCCCAGUCACGUACAACAUGUUCGGACACUUCAAGUUCUGCAUCACCCUGCUGGGCGGCUAUGCUCUGUUCCAGGACCAGCUGACCCUCAAUCAGGGUGUAGGGAUCCUGUGCACGCUGGCUGGGAUUCUGUCUUACACCCAUUUUAAGCUGAGCGAGCAAGAGGAAGGCAAGAGCAAGCUAGUGCAGAGGCCCUGAUCUCAGUGUGCCUUUGACAGCUCACAGGAAGGCCUCUGUCACCAACACAGGAGGAGCAGUGGAAGUGUCUGAACACAGGGGUGUCCUCACAUUGUCUCAUAACCCAAACGGACUGGCCACAGAUCUGCGACAAUGGGAGGCUGGUCUAGAAUCUACAGUCCCAGCAAACCGUGACACGCUCCUUUUCGAGAUCACAAUCUGCCGAAAGUGGCAGUGUGUCAGAUGAGUGAGCAAUGUGUAAAUUGGAAAUUUUAUAGAAAAUGAUUUUAUUUACAGAGACUAUAAGAGGAACUAUCAGUGUGAUAUUUUGUACGGUACUGAUGGAGAAGGAGGAAACAUUUCAUAUAAAGAAAGUAUAGCUGUUAGUUGAGGGAACUAGGAGUAUAAGGAGUGUAUUUAACCAAUAGUGUGCUUGUAGGUCUUACAAAAUGAUUAUGAUGCUUAGAUUUUAUAUAUAAAAUUGAACUGAAACAUUGAAUAUUAAAUAGAAUUGAAAAAAAAAUGUAUAUGGCGCUUUAUGCAAUAAAUGCAUUUUUUUGUUUUUAUUAACAACCAAGGAGAUUGGGCAUUUUCAUUUUGGUUUGGUCUGAAAAGGUCUCCCAGAUAAACAAUGGUAAUUCUUUAACGUUUCUGGAAAUAUUCAGUCUUUCAGUUAUUCAAACAGAUCCAUGCUGUUAAAUGAUGGCUGUUGAAUGGAGGUUUUGUACUGGGGAUUGACGCGUAAUAUGCUUUUAUAACCAAAUACACAAACCUAGCAGAGUUUAAAAGAGGACGCUAUUUAGAAAUGCAUUAGCUUUACUACUGUAAUACACAGAUAGGAUUCAGACAGUACACCCGGAGCUGGGUUGCACAUUCCAAUCUGGAACCUCAGUUUAACGGUUCGGGGGUCUCAAGCCUGUAGGAUUGCUGUACACUUUUAUAGUGCUCCACACAGAAGCAUAUUCUUUAUUAGCACUACACUUGUAUGAUGAUGCCCGAGGCAUCUGGGUUAGCUUGCUGGGUACAGGAAUCUCACAACCUUUUACUGUGAAUAUACCAGACGCUGGGGACAGAUGAGAGUAGGUACUGAGGGACUGUGAGGAAACCUUGCAUGUGACCUAAGACUCCAUACUGACCUCUGCUGGCUGAACUGUAGAAUGCUACCUCCUGAGGAGUCUGUGCCUGGGUGUUUAUGAGUUGCUGCUCCUGUACGUUCUCAGUGUAUGGGUCAUGGGGACCGACCCCUGUAACAGGCUACUUAAGUCAUGUCCCCUUGGUAAAUUAACUUGCUUGUAAUUGAUAAGUUUCUUUAACCAUUUCUGCCCUGGGUAUGUUCCCAUACCUAUUCUAUGCCUGUUUUCUCACUGUCAGAUAUUGUGGACACUGGGCAUCUUCUGUUAGUGACCGCUUUAAAGAAUGAUUAACCUUUUUAGAGAGGGGAUGAGGGCUGUAAAAGUUAAAAAAUGAGUCUGUAACUUUAAACACUCAUCCCAUGUAAAAAGAAAAGAAUCUGUAUGAUCAGAUAGGUGAAGUAGACACGUUUCAGCUAAGACUUUGUCCUCCACUUAAGAAAAAAGGUUUUCUUACUAGUUUUAAAAUGUCUUUCUCCCGAAAACAAUAUGGGUGCAAACUUAAACAGCUGUGGGAGGUGGAGUCGAAUGUAUUAAAAUGAUGCUUCACAACUCUUCACUAACGCUGUCAUCAGCUGAGUGGGGUGGGAUAACAGGAGCUGAUGACAGUGCACAGAGGCAGCAGUGUUUGUGAAGCCUUCGCUGAGAAUGAACAGACUGUUCUCUUUCACUAACCCUGCCUGGCUUCUCACUGGAAUGUGCUGCUUUUGGGAGCAGGUUACACAAACUGGUCUUUUUUUUUUCACAGUGGCCUGUAAAGAAGUUAGUAACAGUUAUUUUAUGAUUUGUGCAGCUCUUUCCCUGUGCUGAAUGUGACCCACCCUCAACUAUAACCGCAGUCCCUUGUGUGUGUACUGUUACAGUAAGAUGUACAUCUUGUUACAAUAUACCCUUGCAUGUAGGGGCAAUGAAAGGAUGGCAUUGUCACUUUAUGUAAUAUCUAUUAUUUGUGGUAAGUCUUGACAGAAUAUUCCUAUUCUCUAAAUAAUAUACAGGAUGAUUAGAAAGUAAGUUUACCACAUCGGUGCAUAUACUACAGGGCAUAAAAUACCAGGGGUGGAAAUAAGCCUCCCUUUGUAUGGUGGUGUGAUCCAUUCCUGGUUUUAAUAUGAGUUUAAUCAGACACACCUGAGCUUGUUACCGACACACUGCGGGUAAUCAAACUCCUAGCAAAACCUGGAAUGGGGGAAACUGCUAUGCAGUAGGAGUCUUGAUUCCAUCCCUGCAAUAUAACAAGGAGUUCUAUACGAAGUAAAGAUAGAUCUAGUUAUAAAACACAAGUGGCUGGUUUCAUGAUUAGCACUGCAGCGGGACUUUCUUUCUUAAGUAACAUUAGGUUGUCCAGGACUAGUGCUAAUCAGGGUCUGUGAAGGUGUUGAAAAAACAAAACGAAGUACAUUUUUUUUUCAUUACUACAUAUACCAUCAUGGAGUUGUUUUCUAGUUAUGGAUGGAAUAACAGCUUACCGUACACUUCAUAUAGAAUGUGUAGUUUCUGAAACCUUUCCGUACAGUCAAUGUCAAGUGUUACGAUUAUAAAUAGACUGGCCUAUUCAAUUUUACCUGACAGGGUUGCAUUUUUAAAUGCUUCUUUUUCAAUAUAUUGUGUUUAAAAAAAAGCAAGUCAAACAAUGAAGUAACAUUGGCAAGUUGUUUGAACAUGUGGGAACAAGUCACAACAUGCUUUGGUCUGAGAAGCACAGGCUGUGGAGCAGAGUCAAACAUAAACGCCUGAGUCAUCUCUACAAGCACUAGCUGUCCACUGAGUCUGUAGCAGAGGCAUUGGCCAGACUGAAGCUUGCUAAAAUGCACCACGUUUCCCUGAAAUGCCCAGUGCACUAGUGUGAAUAGCACCAUGUUUGCAUAUUCGUUCUCUUAUGACAAGGGCAUCCUUUUUAAUAGAUUGUUUCUGUA